AUGACUCAAGAAAUCCCAGAAAUUCCUUAUGGGCUUGGCGGAGGCGCCUCCGAUCGCGUGGCCCCUCUGAACGCCAUCAGGUCGCCCUCGCUGGCAUCCUGGCGCCUGUCGCAGGAGCUGGCCGUGCUCGCGGCCGCAUUCCGCGAUGGGCGCCUGCGCGGCCUGCGCGUGCGACAAGAUGGGCCCUUGCAGGCCCGUGUAGAGAUUUCCGGGCUGCGACCUGAUGGCUCGGAAGCUGUUGAGAUUGUAUUUGAGUGCCCUGAGAACUACCCUUUGGUACCACCGCUGCUGCGUCAUUCCAACUGGAGAUGUAGUGGCCAGGUGCCCGGCUGGAUCUAUCAGGGAGACCUCCUGCAGCUUGAACAGCUGCAGGUGGACCGGUGGAGUUUCACGAUGGGUUUUGCAGAUCUUCUCGCAGAUCUGUUGGACGUGACAGCGACGGCCAAGUGCGGCUGUAGCUGUACCGUGGAGUUUUCUUCGAUGGCCGACGACCAAGUGGCCGACCAAGCCUAUGAUGAGGCCAUUCCUGUGGAGACCGAUGAUGAGGUGAGCACUCCCGGCACAUCAGAGGCCGGGACGCCGAAGCAGCCCCCGGCCGCAGGGACUACCAAGAGAGGAGAGGAGAGUAGCGGCGAAUCCAGUAGUGAGGGCUCUACCUCUGAGUCCUCUGAUGGAGAGGAUGGAAAGAAGUCCUCGGGGUUACCCGCGGGAGCGUACAAUCCGGAGGACUUCAAAAAUAUGAAGGUCUCCUCUGAAAUUGAGGAGCUCUUCAACUGCAUCACCAGGUACAAGCCACAUACCAUAGAGCUGGACACAGUGCUGAAGCCUUUCAUUCCAGAGCUGAUUCCCAGCAUUGGGGAGGUGGAUGCCUUUCUCAAGAUGCCACGACCAGAUGAUGAAGCCAGUGGAUUGGGCACGACACGCUUAGAUGAGCCCACCCUGAAUCCCUCGGAUCCAUCGAUUUUAGACCUCCAGCUUCGGUCUCUCAGUAAGAAUCAAGACCUUCAACCCAUGGAGGUGCGGUCGAUUGAAAAUGCUGAGAAGAAUCCCAAGGAGAUUGACAAUUGGGUGAAGCGGAUUGAUAACCUCAAUCGAACAAAGCCAGCGCCCACGGUGCAGUACCAAAAGAGGAUGCCAGAUAUUGAGCAGCUGAUGCAGGUGUGGCCCGGUGAAUUUGAGGAGUUUCUGCAGAACAAUCCUUUGCCCGAUCUGGCGGACCUGGAGCUGGAUCUACCUAGCUAUGUGAAGGUGUUCGCCUCGAUACUGGAUGUACCCGUUUACAACCAGAUCACCGAGACGUUGCAUGUGAUCUUCACCUUGUAUUCGGAGUUCAAAUCCAAUCAGCACUUUUCAAAGACCGACACGACUGGCAACUUUGGAGACCAGUACAAUUUCGGCUCAGUGCCAGCCACCUUUGGGCAGCCUGGUGCCGCUUCUGGAGCCCAGUUGGUGGCGCCGACGGCCUUUGCUUCGGCCGAGUCGAUGGCGCCGAGCCGCGCUCCAUCGCCGGUGCGGCAGUGA